AUGAAUAUCAUCGAGAUUUGGCUGCAAACGUUUGGCCCGGGUAUCCUUUGGAAGUCCCAAGGUUCCCCAGGCAGACGGCUUCGCCGCUUUGAGCCUCACGAACAAAUGAAGGUCAUCAUUAACGAGUUCCGAUUGGCCGGCCCAGACGAAUGCAUCAUAGAAAUUCCAUUCGAGCAGGCGUACGGAGGGCCUCCUCCAGAUCCAACUGGUCACUCAAAUCGAUGGGGUGAUUUAACUGGGUUUCUCAUCAUCCUCCUACUCCUGUUGAUCAUGAUUUUGAUCGGGCAAUCUACAUGGAAAGAAGUUGGAAAAGAGGUAGACGAGAACGAGAACAGUCAGGGCUUCUUCUGA